AUGGCUGUUGGACGCAGCGCCGCCCUCAAAAUUGACUGGACCAAGAUCGGCACCCAGCUUGGUCUCAAGGGUCAAACCGCCGCCGCCCUUCAGUCCUUCAAGAAGCGCAACGACGAUGCGCGCCGUAAAGUGACAGUGCUCUCCGAGCAGCCGCAGACCGUUGACUUCUCCUACUACCGCUCCGUGCUCAAGAACACGGCCAUCGUCGACGAGAUCGAGAAGCAUUUCAAUGCUUUCAAGCCCCAGACGUACGAUGUCGGAAGGCAGGUCAAGGCUAUCGAGGCAUUUGAGGCGCAGGCCGUGAAGAGCGCUGAGGAGACCAAGAGCGUGGUUGACAGGGAAUUGAGCGACCUGCAGAAGACGCUGAAGAACAUUGAGGAGGCGAGGGCGUUCGAUGAGCUGACUGUGGACGAGGUUGCUGCCGCACAGCCCGACAUUGACAAGCGCACCGAGCAGCUCGUUUCCAAGGGUCGCUGGGCCGUACCGGGUUACAAGGAGAAGUUCGGAGACCUUUCGGUGCUCUAG